UAGUUGAUUUUAACCAAAUCACAGUAUCUUUGUUAAACUUACUCAUUUUCUCUUCCAUCUUUUGUACGAUUGAUGAAAGAGGCUCACUGUGGAUCCUCUGAUGUUUUUCCAGAGUCUGCGGUGCCAUUGUGACUGAACUAAACCCUUCUUUCUCACAGUUAUGGUUUGUCACUUUAUUUCAUGCGUUCCUGAGUCAUAAAAAGGCCUUGAAAGCUUCUACAACAGUGGACUGACAAAGUAUUUACAUGCUUUGUGAAAUAAUGGGAUAUUUUGUCUCUUUCAGCACAUGAAUGGAUAUCCCCACCCCAAAAGGGAAUAAAAUGAGGACACAAUGUUUUAGAAGUCCCAAAUUGCUUCUAAAUAACGUUUUCACCAAAACACCCAACAUAUUUGCACAUGUUGAUUAGUCUGUUGGCUAUCAAAUCUCUUGAGAUGCUCUAAAUAAACACAGACCUGGUGCUUAUUGUCCAGCGGAACACGACAGGCUUACCUCUGCUUUAGAAAGCAUUCAAUAAAUCAACAUGUUGGAGGCUAAUCUUCAUGUUUCUUAGACUUUAAAACUGUGAAUUCACAACACAUAAAAAAACUCAUCGCCGCAAUAUCAGUGAGCUCUAUAUUAAUAUUACUAGGGAAACUGGGAAGCUGUGAUGUUUCCAGCUGAGAUCCACAUAUAAUCUACAAGCUGAUGAUUUAUUUAGCCAAUAGGAUGAACCCUGAUUUCCCUUGAUGCUCACACCCAGUUUAGAUGAUGCUGGCUGAAGCAGAUGGAUGGAGAGUGUCAUGCUGACAGAAGAAAAUGUAAUCUUUGAUUGUUUAUUGCAAGUGAAAUUGACAUUACAUUCCAUGUGCCAAGAGCCAGCUUCUGUAGCCAAGAAUCAGAGCGCCAAGGUCCCCGCCCUCGACUACCACCUGCCACACACUGCACCCGACCCCUUUGGCCCCUCCCACGAGUGGUGAGCCCAUGGAAAGGGGGACCCAUGUUUCCUCUUCGAGCUGUGCCCGGCCGGGCUCCAUAUGCGAUAGCCCAACAUGUCCUACUUCCAGACCUGGCUUCAGAUGGGCGCCACGGUGAUCCGCGUCCGGGCGAGAGAACACGGUUUCCAUUUAUAUUAUUCAUCAUAAGAGGUCUUUGGGCUGCUCUUUGUCUGAUCCCUCACCUAGGACCUGUUCGCCAUGAGUGAUCAGGCAUAAAGCCUCAGACAACUUAGCUCCUAAGUCUUGUCUUGUCAAGGUCUUGUUCACAAGUGAGGGAAAGCUGGAGUGCGAGAUUAUUACGUUCCUCAGCUCGUUUAGGAGUGAUGUGGUGCAGGGAGUAAUAAAAAAGAGUGCGUGGUUAAUAAUAACAAAGUCAAGUGUCGCUGAACAACGGAUUUUAUUAAAAAAUAAUGGACUAAAAGAUAUUUACAGUAGAACGAAAGACUAAAUAUGUACACACGAAAACAAAAGGAGCUAUGUGCAAACGAAAUGGGUUUCAACAGAACGUGCCAGCCCAUAAGGGGCUGGGAAUAUUAAUCCUAUCACCACCAUCUUGGCCUUGUCACGUCUUGUCACACCCAGACAAUCCAAAACUGCAAAAAGAGGUGGAGCUUAGAGUGGAAACUGUGAGGGUGGGAGCAAAUGAACCAAUGUAGCUACUAGUUAACUGAGCUAUCCCCUGAAGCUAAGACAGAGCCAGGAGUAAAUAUUGACUGUUCAGCUGCCCCGUCUCCCAGAGUCAAGUCAUGCUGGUCACCUGUGGAGCUCUUAUAUGGACUGUUGAAAUACAAGCAGAGCUACAGACAACUGCAAUUGAAUAUGGGGGUUCCUAAGGAGCAGGCACAGCUGUCGCUGAUUCCCCAAUCAUCCGUCAGGGAUUUAAGGAGCUGUGGGACACCUACACCUCCCUGGAAGAUUACUCACGUUGGGUUCUGUCAUCGCCUCUUGUGCCUCUUCAAAACCUGCUGGAUUUCAGUAGCUUCUACAUCACACCUCUAGCUCCUCCUGACCUCCCACCUGUCCUCCCCCAGUGUCCUCGACCUCUUGGAUUCCCUCGCCCAGACCUGACCAAAGCUCCUUCUCUGGCCUCUAUUUAAUUUCUGGCCUCGUAAGACUUCGUCCUCAGCCCUUCAUUCUCAACCUCCAUAAGAGAUUAACUUAUACUACUAUGCUUCCAAAUGACUCUCACCGUGUCCUCUUCAUUUCUGCAAGAAUUAUCAUUGUUUAACCAGUUAUUACUACACUCAACAAAAACAUAAAUGCAUCACCUUUGUUUCUGCUCCGAUUUUUCAUGAGAUGGACUUAAAGAUCUAAAAUUCAUUCCAGAUACACGAUAUUACCAUUUCUCUCAAACAUUGUUCACAAAUCAGUCUAAAUGUGUGAUAGUGAGCACCUGUGCUUUGCUGAGAUGAUCCAUCCCACCUCACAGGUGUGCCACAUCAAGAUGCUGAUCUGACAUCAUGAGUAGUGCACAGGUGUACCUUAUACUGCCCACAAUAAAAGGCCACCCUGGAAUAUGUAGUUUUUUUGCUUUAAAGGGGGUCUGGGGACUCAGAACCGGUCAGUAUCUGGUGUGACCACCAUUUGCCUCAUGCAGUGCAACACAUCUUCUUUGCAUAGAGUUCAUCAGAUUGUCAAUUGUGGCCUGUGGAAUGUUGGUCCACUCCUCUUCAAUGGCUGUGCGAAGUUGUUGAGUAUUAGUGGGGACUGGUACAUGCUGUCGUAUACCCCGGUCAAGCACAUCCGAAACAUGCUCAACGGGUGACAUGUCCGGUGAGUAUGCUGGCCAUGCAAGAACUGGGACAUUUUCAGCUUCCAAGAAUUGUGUACAGAUCCUUGCAACAUGGGGCCGUGCAUUAUCUUGCUGAAACAUGAGGCAAUGUUCAUGGAUGUACGGCACAACAAUGGGCCUCAGGAUCUCAUCACCGUAUCUCUGUGCAUUCAAAAUGCCAUCAAUAAAAUGCACCUGUGUUCUUCGUCCAUAACAGAUGCCUGCCCAUACCAUAACCCCACCACCACCAUGGGCCACUCGAUCCACAACAUUGACACCAGCAAAGCGCUCACCCACACAACGCCACACUCGCUGUCUGCCAUUUGCCCUGAACAAUGUAAACCGAGAUUCAUCCGUGAAGAGAACACCUCUCCAACGUGCCAGACGCCAUCGAAUGUGAGCAUUUGCCCACUCAAGUCUGUUACGGCAACGAGCUGGAGUCAAGUCAAGAUCCUGAUGAGGACGACGAGCAUGCAGUUGAGCUUCCCUGAGACGGUUUCUGGCAGUUUGUGCAGAAAUUGUUUGGUUAUGCAAACCAAUUGUUUCAGUGGCUGUUUGAGUGGCUGGUCUCAGACGAUCUUGGAGGUGAACCUGCUGGACGUGGAGAUCCUGGGCUGGUGUGGUUACACGUCGUCUGUGGUUGUGAGGCCGGUUGGAUGUACUGCUAUAUUCUCUGAAACGCCUUUGGAGAUGGAAAUGAACAUUCAAUGCACGAGCAACAGAUCUCCUUGACAUUCCUGCUGUCAGCAUGCCAGUUGCACGCUCCCUCAAUGCUUGUGGCAUCUUUGACAUUUUGCUGUGAGACACAACUGCACAUUACAGGGUGGCCUUUUAUUGUGGGCAGUAUAAGGUACACCUGUGCACUACUCAUGAUGUCGGAUCAGCAUCUUGAUGUGGCACACCUGUGAGGUGGGAUGGAUUAUCUCAGCAAAGCAGAAGUGCUCACUAUCACACAUUUAGACUGAUUUGUGAACAAUGUUUGAGAGAAAUGUAAUAUUGUGUAUCUGGAAUGAAUUUUAGAUCUUUAAGUCCAUCUCAUGAAAAAUCGGAGCAGAAACAAAGGUGUUGCGUUUAUAUUUUUGUUGAGUGUAACUUAGCUGCAUUCCCAGACAAUAACUCCAAAACUUCUCAUGCACAGAGGUUAUGUACAGCAGGAUGAGAAACGUUCAGAGGACAGUUUGAUGGAUUAGUUAUGUUAGUUAUGAUGAUUAGUUAUGUUUUGGAGGGGAAUCGGUGGUUCAUCCAGUAUUGUACAUUUCAGAGGCAAUCUUUUCUUUAUUUUUUCUGUUUUGACAAAUCCUUUGAUUUAUUGGUUGCCAUUGGUAUGUAAACUGUAUUUUAAACAAUAUAGCAAACAUGCUCCACAAAUCUCAGACGGUACCUGGUACGGUGGUGUAAUUUUAAAUGGCCAAGUCUUUGUUCACCUCUUGUUUUGGCUUGAUUGUUUACUUGUGGUUUUAUUCUUUUCUGUGUGUGUUUUUUAACCUUUUCUUGGAUUUCUUUUCUGUGGUAUGGUUCUUGUUGUGUCUGAGCUUUUUGCAGUGCUACGGUUAAAGGUGCAUUAUGUAGAAACAAAGUAAAAAUUACAUCUUGUGAUCAAAUUUGGUUACUGCGACCAUUUUAAACAACUGGAGGUUUUUACCGACCAUCAUUAAAUUACAAGUGUUGGUGCUGCAGUAGCUCACAGGAGACACGGCACACCCACACUCACUGAUGGUGAACAGUAGUUACAUCCCUCCUUCCUUUAUUUUGAAAGGAGAAAAACUGACAACCCCCGCAGCCAGCUGGAUAUGAAAUAAGUUUCAAUAUAACCUUCCUUCCAAAAUGACUGAAACAUUAGACUUUUUGGGAUUUUCUCACUUUAAAAGUCUCAUUAUAUUCUUACAUACUGCACCUUUAAAUGUCAUGCUAUUCUUAAAUUGUGCUAUGCAAAUAAGCUGGUAUGGUAUAAUACCUUUAAGAAGAGCCUUUUUUUUCUGUUCACAUGAGUUUAAAAUGAGUGGUGCACAUACUGUAUGUUGAUCCAAAAAACAGAGUCGAAACAACAUUUAAACAUCAGCCCACUCUUAGAUCUAGUGAAGCACCACAUUAGCUCCCCAUGGCUGAUCAUCAUGUUGGAUGGAGGGCUGAAGAGCACCAACCAGCCGUAGAGUUAUUGAUCUGAAAACUCACCUGGUGUGAUGACAUGUUGUGAUCAGUGGAUGUUGAUGCAGCUAGCACAAACAAAACCCAAAAUAAAGACUUUUCCACCCAAAAUGUAGAUGGAAUUCAACCCAGUCAACCUAGUUAUAACAUUAUUUUUGGUACUCAUCACAAAAAAAUCCUACUGUGCUUGACACCAUUUCCAAGUUGCAUUGUUCUGAAUUGAUCUUAGUGUGCAUCAGGAAGCACGCUCCAGUUUUUCAGAGAUAAUUUCCACCUGGCUUGGAUAGGAUAUUAGAUUUAACUGUGCAGACGAGAUAAAAGACCAUGUGGACAAAUAUAAAUAUUCAGGCCUCAGCAUACACACCAAACCCAAAAUGUUAUCAAAACCUGGAGAAAUAUCAAAACCAUGACCCUGAUGUGAAUACUAAUCUGUGCAUUGCCAUGGAGGAAGGGAACACUGAUUUGUGCAGAUUUGAAUCAUAUGUUUUAUGGUGUUAAUUAGUGAACACAUUUUAUUUUGAAAGAAAGAUCAGUGACAUUCACUGGAGAAAUGAUUUCCACACAAUGGACCUUUGUGCUCCAAAAGAGGGAAAAAACAUGUCAAGUGGGUAUAAAGGGAACAUCUCAUCCACAGCUUGAUCAUUUAAACCUUAUUCACAGUUAUUUCCUGUCGUUGAGGUCAUAUGAAAGAUUUCCAGGUAAGAAUGUGUUGAGUACCGUAUUACCUAACUAUUGCACUCACAGAAGCUAACUAAUGAGCAAGAGAUGGACAAAAAUAUAUUCAAAUGUUCAAAAAGAGGAUAGGCUUAUAUAGAAAAUAAUGAUUUACAAUGUUAAUGGUCAGUUCCCCUUUGUGCAUGACUACGUUUUUCAAACGUGAACAUUUUCCUUUUGUAUCCAAGCCCCCAGAUGCCCACUUCUGUGGUUUCUGAUUUCCUUCUUUUCAUCCUUUCUUUGCAGUUUUGCCCAUAAACUUCUUUGCAAUCUGGCCACCUUCAUGCAGACGCUAUAGAUUAAAGGUCUUGUGCAUAUUCUCUAUGGAUGAAGACAUAUGCCUGCAUGAGGAACGUCUGAGCGCUGCUCUCUUUUUCAUCUCUACUGACUGGUUACGAGCAGCAGUAAAUCUGCAGGCUGGGUGAGAUCAGAGACCUGUCCAUAGCUGGAAAUGAAAGCCUCGUGUUAAUCCUGCGAGUCAAAUCUCCUGCCUCUAUGACAAAAACCAGUGAGGCAAAGGAAAAAGCAAAUAUUUAUUUUAUCCCUGUGGAUGUAAAGUGAGAGCAGGAUAUGUUAAAGGAAACUAGUUUCUUCUCUUCCUGUGUGGAUUAGAUCACAAGACGUCUGCAGCUUCAUUUGUGGCUCUCGUUAUUCAUUAAUAUGUUGGAAGUGCCCAUCACACCUGAUGCGAGAGGACACAAAGAGCCAUGCUGCUGCUAUUGACACAUGAUUGUCAGAGGAAAUGUAGAAAACAACGGCGCUAUCUGUUCAUCACAAUAAGAGAUUGAUCUUAGAAAGUCAUCAUUGCUGUGUGUUUGCAGAACCUGCUGUUCAGGAUGGUUGAGCAUAGACAGAUGAAGCUGAAACCCUUUCACAACUCUGCUGACCUUUAAGUGCAACAAACAAAGGAUGUUUCUUUAUUCUCGGGACUAGAAUGUACAUACUUACCUUACAUCUUGGCUUCUGACAGGGCCUUAAGUGUGACAUUAAUGAUGUCACAAAUAUGCAACAUGAUGUGCAAGUACAGGUGAAACUGGAAAAAUGAGAAUAUGGUGAAAAAGUCAAUUUAUUUCAGUAAUUCAACUUAGGCCCAGUCCCAACACUCACAAUUUCACCCUUGCACCCUUUGAUUGCGCGUUCCCAUCCUUUCGCACCCUUUAUCCGCACUUCGCCGAAGUCCGCAUUAAUGCCCAAAACUUACGAGUAUUUGAUGACAGAAAAAAAUAUUAUUUCACACAAAGAUGGAUUGUUUGCUUUCUGGUCUAUGUUUGGUCUGGUCUGGUUUAUGUUAAAUAAACAAAUAAAUAAUAAUGAAAUGCAUAAUUAAGUGUUAAAUGCUCAUGUCUUGACAUUGCAGAUUAGAAUUAAUGAAAUCCCUGAAAAGCACUUUU